GAGGAAAGCGCGAUGGAGCGCAUGCAGAGAGCUAUCACAGAGAUCUGUAACAGUAAGCUCGCGGAAUCUGAAUUGGCGAAAAACGCGUUUUCCGAAGGGAUAUCUCCGGUGGAGGCGCCUGCUGAUGAUCCAUGUCCUACACGGUCCGUCAAGCGUGUUUGGAGUGCAGACAUGCUCCGCUUUUUCAAGGAGAUGCUGCAUAUCGCCGAAGAAGAAGUUGCGCCAGCGCUUUGGUCUUUUGUGGAGGAUGUGUGUUUGAUUGGAAGCCUGCUCUUGCGUGCGCAAGCGCAGUCUAUCAAGACCAGCCACGAAUUAGACAACUUCGAAGUGACAAGGGACGUGUAUGAGAAGUUUUGCGACGAUCUGGAGAAGCGGUUACCAGCAGGGCGAGGCGCGAAGCGGCGGAUCGAUACGAUGCGGGGCCCCUUAAAGACGAUACUUGCACGCAAGAAACAGCAGCUGACAUUGCUAGCAACGUUGAGUCAGCGAGGAUUACGUCGGCCAGACAUCUCCAAGAUUGAGCACUGCCGGGAAGCAAAGAUGAUUGGAAACUUGUUUGCGCACUUUCCCACUUCUCCGAGCUAUGUGGUUCUUACGCUCGUCGAUAAUCAAUCAGCAGGGCAUGGCGUUAACGUUUCUUGGCAAGAGCAUCGCUUUGACUUCGGGUACGCGACGCGCGGCGUUGGAGUUCUAGAUCAGAAGUACCUUCGGGUCGAAAAUAAAAGCGAAGAGACUGUUGACAUUACACUCUCAAAUCACGCUGCAGGUAUAAAUGCAAUCUGCCUGAUUUUUAGUUUGGAUUUUUGUAGCCAUUCUUUUCAGCUGUUUGGUUCUUCCUCUCCGGAGUGAAUUAUGCAUGGGCGCAGCAGUUCUGUGAGGCUCCUGCUGCUAGCGCAGUGAUUGGUAAAGCAUCUUCACUUCUAUUUAAAAUCUAGGAGGAGCUGCUGCAGCGCCAUUCGUCCUGAGCCCGUCUGAUAUUCCCGGUCUCCGACCUGGCGAGUCUGGAAUCGUACACGUCGAUCUCGUUUCCGACAAUGUCGGCGUGGGACCCCACAGUGCUGUUUUCGACCUUGCCAUAGACGGUCGCAACCGCUGCAUCCUUGUUGGAAAGGUCACGUUCGAAGAUGC